AUGAGCAAACGAAUCUCUGCAGAAGAAAAAGGAAAAAGGGUAUGCUUCGAUUCUCAUCAUGCUCCCCGAACAGCUAGAGUCAAAGCCCAACUGCCUGUGGAUUCUGAAAUCCUCGACAAACAUUCCCUCACGCUGAUAGGGAGAGUAACGAACCCAUAUGCGCAACGAGUCUGGCCACUAAUAGCUUUCUUCACGGAACUCUGGAAAUCAGACGUCCGACCAGUAGGUGCAGACAUGGGAAACGGUCUCUUUCAAUUCAAAUUUGAAAAAGAGGAAGACCUGAUACAAGUCCUGGAAAAGAGGCCAUAUCACUACUCAAGAUGGAUGGUCAUUGUGCAAAGAUGGGAGCCAACCAUAUCACCAUCUUUCCCUUGCUUUAUCCCGUUCUGGAUAAAGGUACAAGGUAUACCGAUACAUCUCUGGUCAGAGGAGCUUAUCAAAACCAUCGGUGAAGACAUUGGUCUCUAUGAAAAAACAGAGAUAACUCCCCUCUCGGUUCGAAUGAGAGUUCAAGUUAAUGGCCUCCUCCCGCUAAUUACGUCCACUGUGAUUGAAUAUCCAAACGAUGAAGAAGUCACCGCAAAACUAGUCUAUGAAAGACUAGAACGUCAUUGCUCCAAAUGCUUCAGAUUGGACCACGAACUACGAGAUUGUCUGGAGGCCAAAGCACAAAACAAAGCCUUAAAGAAAGCGCAAGAGGCGCGCAUGACAGGUCUACCAUCGGAUACUUCUGUCAACGAAUCUAGACAAGAAGGAGGACAAAAGAGACAACAGACUCCGGCUUUCCAGUUCUCUGCAACCACUAGAAGUGAUGCUUGGGAAAGAAAAGAGUCCAGAGACCACAGAGGAACCUCGGGAAGAAGACCAUACAAAACCAAAACUCAAGAAUGGCAAGAAAGGGGGACAUCUCGAAGGACUCAUCAAGCUCAAGAGCACAGCAGAAUGACAAAGGAGAGAGAAUAUAAAGAUUUACGGGGAAAGAACAAACCAAGCUACUCUGAUAUCUCUCAAGGAAGAAGCUAUUAUCGGGAAGUAAGUCGCAAACCAAUGGAACCAAAGAAUCUGGACCGUAACCCCAAUGGGGAUCAAUCUGAGACUUCAAGGAGAGGGGUUCCUCCCCAAAAUGAUAAACAACCAAUCCCUCAGGAAGCUAUACAGGAAGCAAUGGGGGAGAUUCGGAACGUGAUGCUCCAAUAUACAAAAUGCUCUGACCCCACAGAGAGUGAGGCGCGCAAGGAGAGACUAAGACAAGCCGAGGAAAAAGGUCAGGUGGAAGAGUCAGCCAUUCAGAUGGCGAGAGCAGCACUAAGCCAGGAACACCAAUUGGAAACAGAGAAAACAACCGCACCAGAAAGGAUCCCAGCUACUCCCAGAUUGGGGCAACUGGAGAUAGAACAAAGCAAGUCCAAGGAGAGCUUACAAGAGCGUCUUUCCGUUGCACUUAGAUCAGGACAAGGCUCCUAUCCAGGACAUGAGUUAAGAUCGCCAGAGCAAAACCAGAACGUUGCUUCACAGACACGCAUCCCAGCCACUCUACGACUAGGCCCUGCUUCAAGCUCACCAUUAACAGUGAAUGAUCAGGAGCUGACAGAUCAUACAGUACCCCCAACGGAACACAUUCAUGUCUCCCAAAGACUGGGACCUAAUUCUUACCAACUAUGUGAUGAGGAACAGAGAGUAGACUUCCAGGGAGCUAAGAGUAAGCCGAGAAGGCCUGCUGGAGCAAAAAAGACUCAAGUGGGUCCAUCACUACCAGCUGUGGUCGCAAAAAAGCGAAGGGUUCCAACGUCCAAGCCAUCUCCUGUGAGAAGGCAAAGCUCAACAAAGGAGAGAAAAACCACAAAGGCAAAGCCCAAAGCGGGGGCUGGCCCCUCGAUACCACUCUCCAACGGAGCAGUUAGGGGCGCCUCAAAGAAUACAAAUUCGACUUCAAGCUCGGAGAACAGACCAAUUUCUCACAUGAUCCCAGCAACUACCCGAAGGAGGAUGGAUUUUCGGACUCCAUCCUUUCCUGGUCCUUAA